AUGUGUUUAUCAUAGCAAGUAACGUGACUGCUUGUAAGCUUGUUGUUGUUGUGCUAACUAGCUCGUAUGAGAAAAUACGUUAAUCAUGUUUAUAUAUACGCUUAUUCUACUUAUUGCAAGCUGCAAUAUUAUUAUUGAUGCGGGUAUUCUGCCUGAAAACAACAAUGAGCCUGGCUGUUUGAAUAAAACUUGUGAAGAAUGCAUUAAGGGAGGAGGAGGAGAAAUUUUUUGUCCAAAUCUAAAUGGUGCAAAGUGUUGCAGUGCUGCUCAUGAAUGUACAGAUUUUAAAAACAAUGUCAUAGGCUGUGGUGUAACUGAAACUAAUACUACUUCGAGCGCCAGCAUCUCUGUUACUACAACUACUACUACUCCUUCUACCACAUCUUCAACUACCACAACACCUACCACCACUUCUCAGCCGACCACCACAGUUUCUGACACAACUGUGACAACAAGAACAACCCCAGCUACUACCGGCCGUCAUUUUGAUGCUCCUAGUUUUAUUGGGGGAAUAGUUCUUGCUUUGGGUCUUUUGGCUAUUAUCUAUGUCAGCUUUAAAUUUUAUAAAGCUAGGACUGAACGAAAUUAUCACACAUUAUAAUUUCUAGUAAAGAGUGUGGUUUCAAACAUAUCAUUUGUCAAUAUUUCUGAAAACAUACAAGGAAAAAAAAGUGUUUGUCAUCAGACAUUCUUUAUCUAAAGUGUUUCGUGACUUAUUUUUAUGACGUUUAAUUCUCAAGCACUAUUGUUGUGUCAUUUUUUAAUGCUGCCAUUAUAAAAAUUAUAAGAGUGCUACUUAAUUAUGUACUUUGGCAGCUUUAAGAUGGUUUAAAACAUUCCAUUUUUGUUAUUCGUUCUGUGAAAAAAUUUUCUUCAUAUUUUACAUAUAAGUAUAUUUAAUUUUGUAUUGAUUUUUGUUAUAUGCCGAUAUGAAAUAAAAUUCAAUGUAAAUCUUUUUUUUUUUAUAUUUAUUUUGUACUGAAUGAAUUUAUUUUUUUACUAUUGCUUCGUUCUUAACGAGAGAAAAUUUUUUUCUUCUGAAUUUAUAUUGAUUUGUUAACAUAUUUCUUGCUAUUAUAUGCUCCUGUCCUUUCAAAAAUUUUAAAUCAAUCAAUCGUCUGAAAGACAUUGGUCCAUAAUUAGGAAAAGUUGCUCCUUUAAGAAGGCUUCGUAUGAGUUGAUGCUGUCUUAUUUCAGAUGUGAAGUACUUUUCAGGCUUCACUAAAUCUUCACAAGUUAUAUUGUUUAUAUUUGGUUUAAGUACGUAUCCAGCUACUUUAUUGCUCCAUAUGUUGUAUGAAGUUAAAUUUUUUGCUUCAACUUUCUGUUGGAUGCAAUAUUCAAACCACUCGUUUCUUCUUUUUCGGAGCUCCUCUACUUCAGUUUUCAGCCGUUUUCUUCCAAAUUCAUCUACAGUUUUUUGAAAUUUUGCUAAGAAGUAAUCAUAAAGCAUUUUGUCACCCCAGUUCCAAUCUUCUAAAUUUUUUAUAGCUUCUUCGGAAAGAUUUCUUUUGUAGUUUCCCAUACGUGCAUUUAUUGUGAGGCUUACAACAUCAUCUAAUUCCCAGCAAAGUAUAUGUCUAAGCAAGACAACUGAUUCAUCAAAAUAUUCAGCCACCAUAAUAAAAUCAAAAUUCAUUUCAAUGUUUUCUAUAGCUUUCAUUAUCAUUGCACGAUUAUUGAAAAAAGAAGGGUGAACUCCAAAAUCAAACAACAUCUGAUUUCUGCCCAUGCCGUUUGAUCGGUUUCUUAGCUUCAUUACAAUUGAUGAGUUUUUUGUUCCUUUUGCAUAUUCUUCUAUAUCCAUAUGAUAGAAAUCCUGUAAUGAAUAAAAAGUAUUUUUAAAAUAUCUUAAUAAGAUUUCACAGUUUUUAACUGAAGUAAUGACUUUUGUUCAGAUUUUGAUAUAUUUUGAUUGUCUUAAUAUUUAUUAGACUAAAUAAAAAAUUCAUUGUGUAAUGCAUUUCAAUUUUUUACUUUUAAAGUACUUUUCAACAAAAUAUUUUGUUAAAAUUGCUGUUGAACGGAUUCCUUCUAAAAUCUAUUGUGAUUAUUUUACUUUCAGUAUUGGUAUGAAUGUUCCAUUAAAAAACUUAGAAGAUCUUCAAAAUCUUGUGACACAUUUUGAAAUUUAUAAUAAAGAGUUAAGGUUAUCAGUCUUUAAUUCUUUAUGCAUUCUCUCCAUUUUAUUGAAUUAGUUUUAUUAUCACAUGCUAUCAGUUUAAAAUAUGUAAUCCUUUGUGAUAAACUUUUCCUUUCUUAUUUAAAUUUCAGAACAUUUCAAUAUUUUUAGCUUUAUCAUUUUUUGUGUAUGAUCACAAAUUUUAAUUAUUAAAUUAAUGCAUAAAUGAAUUUUACAUGAAAUUUCUGAAUUCUUUGCACAUUAUCAAUGUCUAAUGUUAAAAGCUGUAAUUUUUAAUAGAAUAUAACAAAAAGCUUUUGUUUAGUAAUGAAAGGGAAAAUUUUCCUUAACCUUCAAAGUGUGCCAGGGAUUUUAAAGAUGUUUACAUAGUUUGUAGUGUUGACUGAAAUGUGUAAUUUAUUGCUGCAUUAUUUGCGUUUCCAAUUGUAUAAAAUUGUGUGUACUUUCAGUGUCUGUAGAGCUUUAAAUUUUUAAUUUAUAAAUAUAACUUAUUUUACUUUCUUUGUGCAUUUGUAUUGUUUUUAGAAUUCAUAUUCUGUAUACCUAGAAAAAUACAAACGUGUAUAUAUUAAUUUCGCAUGUUAUUUAAAAUUUUGUUCAGUUUUCAUUAAAAAUUCUAAGCUUUAUAUUCUAAGUUGAAAGAAACUUUAUUUUGAAACUAGAUAUUAUAAUUCAACUUCUUAAAGCUAUAAAUGUAUCAUAUAAAUAUAAUUAAGAUAGAGAAAAAUUUGUGUCUUGUUAUUUGAAUGUAGGAGAAAUUUUGUAAUUAAACCUAUUUCUACUUUUAUUGGCAUUAGUAACUGAGAAAAGAUGCUAAAAUCUUCAAAGCUUUUUUUUUUUUUUAGCAAAGUGUUAAUUUAAAACUUACAUAAAAAUCUAACAGUUGUGUUUAAACUGUGAUGGUGUUUUUCCCCUCACUUAAAGCAAUAUAAAAAUACUCAAAUUUCCGGAAUAUUGAGAUGAAUAGUAUAUUUGUUGCAAGUCUCUGUCCAAAAUAUUUUAUUGUUGUGUGUUUUAUGAUUGUAUGAAUUGCUUCAAACUGCCCAUAAUUAUUUUAUACAUCAGAAAUAAGCAGUUUAUUGCAAGAAGACAUGCUUUCUUUAUAUAUAAGUAUUUAUUUUAUUUUAGUUUCUGCUAUGUUGUUUUUAUCUUUUUCUGCAAAUGCUAUAAAUAUGUUUUCUUAUACAGAGGACAUUAGCUUGAAUAUAUAUAUUUGAAAUGUUCAAAAUUAUACUUGUACUUAAAUGUAUGACUUGUUUACUCUUAAGUAUAAGCAUUAUUUUGAAUGGAUGAAUGCUAAGGCUAUAACAAUUGUUUGCUCGAAAUUACUUGUUAUUCAGUCAUUUUUUUUUCUUUUGUCAGAGCAUGCAUGUAUUUUCCCCCUGUAUACAAGGUAUGUUUUUUAAUUGAAUGUUUAUUCAUUAUUAAAAGAAAUACAGUAGAUUUGCUUGAAUUGAUUAAAUGCAGUGUUUUCCAUCCCUUCUCCUUUAACUGAUUAAGACAGUUAAUGGCAUUUUUAAUUGUGAUGCUUUAAUAAAUUGGUGACUAAAUUGCAUGAUAUUUUAUUACAAAACUCAUGUAAGUACAUAUUAAAUACUUAGGAUUGGUUUCUGUAAAUAAAGUUUUGGUGCAUUUUCUGUCACCCUAUAUUGAUAGUUAUUAUAUGUUGAGUAAAAAUUUACAAUUCUCCUUUUUCUGAAUUUAUGCACUCAACUUUAUUUUGUUCUAGAAAUUUUAAAUUUACUUUAUAAUCUUUAUUUAAUUUUAUGUUUAAAUAUUUUUUUAAUCCUUUGGAAAGAAAGGAUGCAUUUAAAAAUGUAAAUAUUAGCCAAAAUAAAUAAUAAUCUUGAAAUUGAGCAUCCAGUUUGCAACAGAUUAUUGAAAUUUACAGUGCAAGCUAUAAUUUGUUUCAUUUCAUAUAAUUGUAUUAUUUUUUAAAUAGUUGAAACAUUCGGGUGGAUUUUUGAAAUAGAGGCAAGAAACCAUUUGAAAGUAGGUGUGAAUUUAGAAACUUGCUGAAGUCAGUUGUCUUCGUAAUAAAGAAACAAAAUAAGCCUUCAUAACUUGCUUACCAAAAUAAGCUUAAAUUUAGAAGUAAAAUCUUUCUUUUGAUGAGUAUCAUUAAAAAUAAUGAAAUCUAAGUUGUUGCAGCAGUUCAUUUUUGGAUCUGGUGAAUUGGAAUGCUCAUUUGCUGAAAUCAUGUCUCCUUUUUAAAAAUAUAUUAUCGUAUUGAUAUUCUAGUGCUUAAAAAGGAACUGUUUUUGUUUUACUUUCGAAUUAUUUAUUUUCUAUCAAAAGGCAGAAACUGUUAAACACUUAUAGUAAUCAUAACAAACAGCCCAUAUUUGAACCUGGCCUUGAUCAGUACAGAUAAUAAUUAGUAACAUUGACCAUGCAUAAUGAGACCCAGUUUCUGCCACGGAAUUAUAUUGACUAGCUUCCAACACUGAGCUGUGUCUUUUAAUAAGCAUCCACUUACUAUGCACCAUGUUGACGAGGAAACUCAAACACUGAAUACCUUUGAUUUAAUUUUACUAAUAAACUUGUAGAUAUUGUUGAAACCAACAUAUUGUGAGAUCAUGUUGAUGCUGAUCGUUAAUGUUAAACAGCUGGGAGAAUUUAUAAAGUAGUAGAAAGAAAGUUGUUCUUUUUUUCUAUGGUAGAUAAUUAAAUUUAGUUGCCAAGUUUUCAUGGACAAAGGUUUUGUCUUCCUUUUUGUGAAUGCUCUAUUAUUUAUGUUAGCAAGCCAACUGUAUUUUUUUAAAUGUGUUGUUUUAUGUUAUAUAUUAAUGAAUGAAGCUUUAUUAUUUUUAAUGUCCAAUGUACUUACAAUGUAACUUCGAUAUUUACAAACAUACAGUGUUCUUUAUUUAUUUUGUCUUCAAAGAUUUAUUAAGAUUUAAAGUCAAUUAUUUGUUAUUAGCUUAGAGAUUUCAGUGUGAUAUAAAUGUGCUCAAUGUCUUGUGAUGCAGAAAUUAUAGCUGUUUGUGUAAAUUAUCCACAAUCAUUAUUAAGUGUUAUGUUCUAUUCUAAAAACAGGGAAGGGGAAAAUACAUUCUUUUUAACUUUAUAGUCAAAAUAGUUGCUUUGAAUAACAAAAACCUUACCUGUAAUUCAUCAUAUUCAUACAGAGAUUCAAACAAGCUCACUGGGUUCCGUACGAUGGAAAUGUAAACUGAAUCCUUUGGCAUUACUUUUUCAAUGACAGCUUUGUUGAAUACCAUAUGGUGGCAAAGGAUGUUAUAACCAAGAUUUUCCCAUGGUGCACCAGCAACCAUUUCUUUUCGAAAUGGUCGUGUCAAAGAGAAAUAAUGGUUCUUUGGAAAUACUGGUACAACAAUGGUUAGAUUUCUUUGAUGCGCAUAUCGCAUUAAUAUGUUUUGAACUGACGUACUAGCACACUUGUGUGUUUUUAAGAAUACAAUAUUAUGCCUUGGCAUACAUGGGAUUAUUCUUGCUGAAGAAACAGCCGUUAGUGAUUGUGACCAUCUGAAAAGUAAAUAUGGAAUAUAUCAUGAAUUUACAGAGAAGGUCAACAUUUAGUGAAUGUAAAAUAACAAAUAUAUAUUUUGUAAAAAUGUUUAUAAAAUAAAAGCCAACUUCAAGAAA